CUCAAAAACUAGUACAAUUAUAUACAUGAGGUACAACUAGUAAACAUGCACAACUACUUGUUAUUUUAUUUAGUAUAAAUGACUAUACUAUCCUUAAUGAAAGUGCAUUCUCAACCAUUAAAUCAUCUCACAUCUCCUUUAAUAUGAGCUCCACGAUCUUUCUUUUCUUCUUCUUUCUUUCGGCUGGGACCCACUUCCUCUUUUUCUCAGCCCCUAGAAUCAUUGUGGACACCACCAUUGAGCUUCCUCGUCUUAGCUACAACUUCAUUCUUCUUUGCCACAUCUCUCUCCUUCACUGCAUAUUUCUUCUUCUUCUUCGUUGCGGCAUCUCUCUUCUUCACAAUAAAGUUCCCUUUGUUCAUCGCCGGUGAGUCACUCUUACUCAUUGCCAAUGCUACCUCCUUCUUUUUCAGGUGACUCGUGUUUUUUGGAACCAUGAUUGAAUUUUUUCCUAGCUCCGCAUCUAUCUUUUUGGCCUCAAGAGCAAAAAGAUGAAGAUGAUUUUUUUUAAAAAAAUAGUACAACUAGUAUAACUAGUACAACUUAUAAACAAAUCAUUAUUCAAAUCAAAUAUUAUUAAAAAUAUACUAUUCAUGUAUUUGAUACAUGCAGAUGAGAAAGAUUAGAACAACAUCUUCUUGGUGCUACAUCAUCUUUUUUUUUAUCAUCUUCGUACGCUGAAAACAAAAAAUAAAAUUUACCAAAUUAAUUGCAAAGUUGUAUUAGUGAUACAUGUUUUACUUGUAUCAAUUAUAGUGAUUAUACUCAAUCUAUUUAUACUAGUUAUACUCGUUGUAGUUGUACUAGUUGUACUAAUUUGAGUUGUACUAGUUGUACUGCUUGGAGUUGUACUAGUUAUACUAGUUGGAGUUGUACUAGUUGUAUUAGUUAUACUAUGCGUUCUUCUUUAUCUUUAAAUCUUGUACGUAAAAGAUAAAAUUUGAUUCCAUAUAAAUAUAAUUGAUUAAACAUAACUAUGGGAUGAUCGAUUUGGGAAAAGAAAGAGAAAUUUGAUGGAUGGUUAAAGACAAAUUUUGAUUUUGUUUUAAGGUGGAUGAACAUUAAUGGAGAAGAAAAAAAGAAGAAGAAGAAGAAGAUUAUGAUUAAAGUUGGAUUGGGUUUUGGGUCUGGAUCCGGGUCGAAUCUGGGUAGGAUAGUAAUGACAUAAGUUAGUAAAUAUGUUUAAAUCUUUAGACCUUAUAGUUUUUUUCCCUAAUUUUAAUUUAUUUUUAGUUCAUUUUUUAAUUAAAAAUAGAAGAGAAAAAUAGAAGAGGUCCAUUGUAGAUUUUUUUGGCCUCUUCUGUCCCAUUCUAGCAUUUGAUCCUUUCUAGAGAAAAAAACACCUCAACACAUGUUUUUAUCUAGGCAUUUAUGACCCUUUGUUGUAGAAUUACGAUUGGCUUGAUCCCUACAAAAGGAUAGUGGCAUCCUUUCACCGGAUCCAACCACAAUCAUUAAACCUCUUUUACUCUCCCUCUAUCACGUUCAAGCUCAACAUAAAGGCUUUCCUAAUCCCACCAUCGAGAUCUGUACACUCCUAGCACAACACCUGUACAAACAACUACUUUACACUGAGCCAAUAACACUUACUUCGAUAUUUUAAAGCUUUCCCUUUAUUUUUUUCCUGGAACUUGCGACUCUACUACACCAUUCCAUAAGAGUCUUCCAGGUAAAAAUCCACACUAAAACUUGAUUUUCUAUCUUCAGGCUUUACAUAAACUAACUCCACCCUAUUAAUUUAUGCCUGCAAGAUCAACCACAAGCCAAUGGAGUUACUUGGGAUUGCUCAUUCAUUCAGUGAGCAGUCAGAAGUUCACAUCGAUGAUGCAACUCCUGACCCGCGUGUGUCAUAGACCAUUCUUAGUGUGUAACACAAGUACGUGAACCAAAGCUCCACCACUGCAUCAACCUAUCAAGCUCCAAGUUCUUGAAUUUACAUAAUCUUCAAUGAGGAUUCGAGGAUGGAUUGUUCCAACAAAAAAAAUUUAAAUAUAUCUUUAAAUAUUGUUGUAUAUUAUAAUUUAAUCUUCAACCUUCAUAAUAAUUAAUUAUAAGUAUUAAAAUUUUAUAAGUAAAUAAUAAAUAUAUAUUAUAAUUAAAAAGAUUAAAUUUAAAUCUCAUAUAUAUAUAUGUAUAAUUGGUUUAAAAAAAUAAAAAAAUGUUUAGUUUUUUUUUUAAACUGCAUCAACUAGAGAAAAGAGUUACAAAAUAGUAAAAUUAACUAUAGAUAAUAUUUCUAUUUUACAUAAUAUUAUUGUGUAUUAACAGUUUUGAUUUAAAAACUAAAACAUUGAAGUAUUUUAUGUAUUAUAUAUAAAUGUAUCUUUGAAUAUUUAAUCAAAAUAUAUUUAUAAAGAUUAAAUUAUUAUAAAUAAUAUUAAUAUAAUUAUAUGUAAUUACAUAAUUAUACAGAAAAACUGAAACUAAAUAUUACUCUGAGGUUUUGACUAGUUAAACCUCAAAUUUGAGAUUUAUUAUUUAGACCUUCAAAAUUUGAACAUCUAUUGACGAGCAAAAACUUUAAAAUUUGAAGAUUUGAAAGCUUGCUGAGAUGCUCUUACUCCAACUGUAAAUGUAAACACCCGAGAAUGAGCCUCAUCUAUCACUUGAUUUUGCAGGUAUUUAAUGCCUCAUAUUUAAAGUGACAUGAGACAGUUAAGAUGUAUAAACAGCAAAAUGUUGUUAUCAGUGUCAUAUUUCAAAUAUAGAUAGAUUAACUAGUGUCCAAUUAUGUGUUACUUUUCCUUAGUUUUGUUUAAUAAACAACACAUUAGGACUAAUUCUGUGUAAAUUUCUUUUCCUUAGUUUUGUUUACUUUUCCUUAGUUUAUAAAGAAAAUCACAAAAAUUAUAUUGGAACUAAUUUUGUGUAAACUAACCUACAACACAUUAGAGAUGGUCAUUUUAUCUGUUCUAUUUGAUUAUAUCCAUCAUUCCGAUUCAAUCCAAAAAAGUCCGCUCCACUCCACUCCACUCAAAACAAAAUAAAUACUAAAAUUAAUUAUUUGUUAAAAACGAAGAAAAUUACAAAUAUUAAAAACAAUUAUUACAGAUAUCCGCUCCGCUCUGUCCAGACAGAUGUACAAAUACAUGUAUAUCUAGAUUAAAUAUAGAGUUUUAAAUGUAUAAUAUUAUAUAAUUAACAUUUCAACAUAUUACUUAGGAAAGUAUUAAUUCAAGAAAAAAAAAUCCUUAUGACAACAGCUAUAAAUCUUUGUUAAGUUUUUUUUACCUAAUUUUUAAUUUUAUGAAAUAUAUAGUUUCACUAAUCUUUUAUUUUAUAUACCAUAUAAAAGUAUUCUAAAAACAUAUUUUUAUUGAUUUAUUUAAAUUAUUUCGUUACAUAACAUAGAUGAGAUAUAUAUCCACAAGUAUCCGUAUUAUCUGUAAAUAUCUACAUAUUUUUUGGAAAUCCGUAUUUUUCGAAGAAAAUCUAAAAUAGAAAAAUUAGAUAUCUGUAAAACACAAAUCAAAUCAUAAAUACUAAAUUUUUAAUAGUAUUUACUAUUUGCCUAUCUCUACAACACUUAGCACGAAAGACUCAUAUAUAACCAUCACAUCUGUAGGGAAUGAACAACCAACCUGACAUAUGCUGACGUACCUUACGAUAUUUUUACCAUAAUUUUCUGAAAGUUAUCGUAUGAGGAUCCGACAAACUGCUCAAGUGAAAAAAAUCCUAUAAAAAGUCCGUGCAGUUUUUCCUAAUGAAUUAGCAGUCCAGUUUUGCGCUCGAGGAUGGUAGAUAGUCUUGAAGUCUUGAAACAUUUCCUUUAAGAUACCUAACUCCUUCAACUCUGUUGCAAAUUUUGGCUAUAUUGUUGGGUCUUGAAUCAGUGAGAUUAGAUCCUUGUAGUAUGUUCUGAGGUGUUGACAUGUUGUGUAUUGAUGCAUACUUUCAAUAGCCCAGGUUAAGUUUUUCCCGUUCUCUAUGUAGAGAUGAGAUGUGCCUACUUUGAUUCGUUAAGCCCAAAACUUUCAAUAGCCCAGGUUAAGUUUUUCCAUGGAUCAUCCCAUGCUCUUAUCUGAAAUCCAGAAUGCACUUUUUGUCGGAUACCUAAGCCAGCAAUGGCCUAUAUGCCGAUAAACUUCUCCAAACAUAAGAAGGGUUAUCAAUAGCAAUUGAACCCAAAAGCAAUUCUUUUUGUAUUUUCCACGCAAUACUCUUGCGAGAAAAGAUUCUAGGAAUUGUACCAGACGCCACAACUUGUUUUCCAGAAAUGCUGGAUUUAAAUCAUAGAUCAUAAGAAAUCUAAGACCGCCUUCCUAUUUUGGGCAACACAAAUUUUCCCAUUUUUCCAAUGCAUCCCUUGUUUAGGUGGAUUUGAGCUCCACCAUAAUUGUGCAAUGGCACUAGCGAUAUUUUCACAAAUAUCCAAUUGUAAUAGGAAGUUUGACAUAAUAUAGGUUGCAAGGGCGAUGGCAAUGGAUUUUAUAAAAAUCUCCUUCCCUCUUUUUGAUAACCACCGAGUAGACCAUCCAUAACCCUAUGUUGCAAUCUAUCUUUGAUUAAUGCAAAAAGCUUGCAUUUCGACCCACUAAUAUCCUAUAAAUUUCCCAAUUAAGGUUCCAUUUCGUCUUCGUUGUCAAUACCUAAAGAAGUUUUGAUUGUUUGCUUUAUAUUACAAGGAACUUCUUACCGAAGCUUAAAUUUUUUUUUAUAAAAGUUGAUGCACUGCCACAAAGCUUUUCCAUAACUCCUAACUGCUUUCAUUAUUUCAUCACAUUCACGGGGCUCACCCUUACAGAUAAAAAGUUAUCAUCAGCGAAGAGAAUGUGUGACACCGGAGGGCUAGCGCGUGAUACGCACAUCCCCAUCAUAUUACUUUGAUUCUUUACAUGAUUAAGAAGGCUAACGAGCAAUGUGCUCUCUAGGACAAUAUUUUCUCUAGGAUGUCCAUUCAUUAAAACAAGGUAUUUGACAAAGGAUAUACAAAGCAUUAUCCACUCAUUCCAGAUUGCUGAGAAAUCCAUCUUCUGCAUAACAGCUCUACUGAAUUCCCACUCCAUUCGACAUAAGCCUUGCUCGUGUCAGUUUUAAUGGUUAUUUUCUUAUUUUUCCACCUAGGUUUGUACUUAUCGCAUGAAACAUCUCCUGAGCAAUCAUAAUAUUAUAUAUGAUAUGUCUUAGCGAAACAAAGGCUGAUUGGGUCUAUAAAAUACGGUUUGGUAAGACCUUCUUCAGUCUCUGACAUAAGACUAGAGAGAUUAUCUUGUAACUCACAUCACAAAGACUCCUGGGACAAAAUCGUGCCAUAUCAGUAGACUUCUGUUUCUUCCAAAUGAGACAAAUGUUUGUGUCAAUCAAUUCUUAAAUUAAUCAAAAAGGAAUUCAUUAACCAUAUAUGUUAAGUCUCCCUUCACUAUAUCGCAAAAUUUAUGGUAGAACAAAGCUGUCAUUCCAUCUGGACCCAUAAAUUUUUCCGGAUGCAUUGCGAAAAUGGCAAGUUUGAUCUCCUAUUCUAUAACCAGAUAUGUAAGAUCCUCGUUAAACAAAUUUGUGAUAGUCGUUGAAAUAUUUUGUCAAUCUUCAUAUAUCUCUUUCAGAUUCAAAGACUCAAAAAUAUCUGUUAAAUAAAUAAUAACAAUGCGCGAUGCGUCCUCAUCCUCAACCAUAUUUCUGGAUUCAUUUAUUAACCGAAUAAUACGGUUUUUUGCUCGUCUCUGCUUUGUCAAUGUAUCGAGUUCCUUGCCCCUUCUUGUAGUCAAAAGACCCUACUCUUUUAUUUUUAGAACAUUUCCUCCAUAUUAAGAGCUUUAAGAGCUUUAGAAAGCUUAUGUGAUUCAGCUGCUAACUCUUCUGAUAAAAUAUCAUUCUUUCAUACAUAACCUCAACUUUUUUUAAGUUCCUCCCCAUGCUUUUCCGAUUUUGUAUUAUUUUGUCUUCUUUAUUGGUUCAUAGCUCUGUGACAGUUAGAGAUAUGUGACAUAAUGUUUGCAUCAGCUGCUGGGAGUUCUGAUGAGUUCCAUCUUUUCAAUAUAACCUGUAUAACCCUCAAUUGAAUGAAUAUAUCUAAGACAUUACAUAAUUUUUAGGAGAAAUACUUUUCAUUUUUUCCGCAGGCUUAAGAGCGUUUUUACCAUAUGCAUGCAACGAUAUAGAGAAAAAAAAAAGAACUGAAAUUGAGGACUACAAUCUAGAAAAGACGUUCGACAAACCUAAAGUAUAAAUAUUUAUCAUCUCCUCUGAGGAUGAAAACCUUUAUUACAUUUUCUAGCCGUCCUCACAAACUCCUCCAAAUGACGCAUAAACCCAUAUAAUAAAAUUAUAUUGUUUUGUCGUACAUUUUAUUGCCUAGCAAUACUAAAAUGCUUAGUUUGUACAUGGAAUAGAUUACAUUUUAAACUAGGAAAUUAUAUUUCAUUAUGAAAAUUUAAAUGAUUUGAUACAUCUUAUGGAUAUUAUGAAAAAUACUUCAGGCUGUUACAAAAAACUGGCUUCCAAAACAGACAUUAUCAAAAUCUAAAAAUUACUUAAUGUUCCUUCAGGCUGGUUUGAAUGGUAACCAAGGAAACGAAGAGGAACACUGCAUUCCUUAAUGUUCCUCAAAAAUGUUACCAUUCGUGAGGAAUAUUUUUUUCUCUUCAUUCCUUCUCAUUCCCUUUUUUGUAGAGAAUUAUAAUGCAAAUUUGUUCCUUGUUAAUUUUGAUAAGGAACCCUUGUUCCUCAUUAUUCCCAAAAUUUUAUUCCUAUUUAUUCUUUUCCUAAUCAUUCCUAAUGUUUCUUGAUGGUUACCAGUCACACUGGUUAGCAAAUUGCUCCUUCAUAAGAUUGUUGAGGAAUGGAUAAACUUUAAAGAUAAAACAUACUCCCUUUUUUGUUGACAAUAUAUAUGACAACGAUUAUAUAUAUAAAAAGCCCUUGAAUCUAAACAAAACAAUAAUAAUUUGAUAACUAAUUUAAGAGUUUCUUCUCUGUCGCUUUGGUUAUACGAAGUAAAAUUCUUGCGUGAGCAAGAGAGGCAGAUCGCAGAUGGUAGUAAAUAUCAAGAGUGAUCCUUCAACGAUGAUCAUGAGUCGUGACUCGUGACUUCAUUGUCUACUUUGAUAGCAAUAAAAUAUAAUUUAAUGAAACUUUAUAAUAUUCUAUGGUUUAUUCAAAGGACUUGAUUGUUUCUGAGAUUAGGGGCAAGAACGUGGGUGCUCUAGAAUAGGUGAUUCCAUCUCUCAUUCGUCUUCAAGGUGCCAAAAUGACAGUGUCUGUCACACAACCUUUUCUCUUUGUGUUUGGGUUUCUGUAUAAGCAUUAAAGCUACAACUUUUAUUGAUUAGGUAGAGGCCAAAGUUGUGUUUUUUAUUUCAGGUUUAUCUUAAUGGGGUUUCUACUCUAGCAAAGUAAUAUUUUAUGUGCUCACAUCAUACCUUCCAUGUUUUGAAAAUGAUUUCCACUUUUUAGACUUUAUUCAUGUUUUCAGUCUUUUGCAUAUUUCUGUCCAGUUGAAUUUGUCUAGUUGUCCAUCAACAUUGACUUUGUAAUGUAACUUUGUGAUCAUUACCUCAUAACACGUCCAGAUUCGGAUUUUGACGGCUUCAUUCUUGUCCAUCCUUUGUUCCCUAUAUGGCCUUGAGACAGAUAUUGCUAGUAUCUCAUUUGCUUGAAAGAAAGAUAAGCCACCACUGACUGGAAUCGUUGCAGAACAUCUUACGCAGAGCUGAAUCUAACGUGAUAGAGGCAUCAAGUCAGCUUACUAUUUCAGAAAUAAAUGGACUACUUUUUCAGAAAUUCAUAUCUGGAAACCAAGUCCGUUCUUCGCCAGGUUCCUAAGAAGGCCGGAUCUGAUCUAGCAUCUCCUUCUCAGGCGCUGAACAUUGCGAUAGCUAUUAGUGGGAGCACCAAAAGCAAGAAUGUCGUUAAGUGGGCGCUCGAAAAGUUUUCUUCUGACAAAAACCUCGUGUUCAAGCUGAUUCAUGUCCAUCCAAAGAUUACUUCUGUACCUACACCUUCGGGAAGGACAGUCUCUAUCUCUGAGGCACCAGAAGAUGUGGCGGCUACUUAUAGACGACAAGUGAUGGAGAAGACAAAAGAAACUCUUCUUAAACCUUACAAGAAGAUGUGUGAGCGGAAAAAGGUUGCUGUAGAACUUCAAGUGCUUGAAUCAAAUAGUGUGGCAGUUGCGAUAACCAGAGAGGUUAAUCAGCACCUGAUAAGCAGGCUUGUGAUUGGAGGCUCGUCUCAUGUUGGAUUGGACGGGAAUCGUGAUGUAACCGCGAAAAUAUCAGCCUAUGUGUCAGAACUUUGUACAGUUUAUGUUGUCUCAAAAGGUGUCUACAUUCUUUCGAAAAAUAAAUCAUCGUCAGAUGGCGAGAUCAAUGAAACUAUAAGAGAUUCCCGUAGUGAGAGAGCUGACACAUCUAGCUACUCUUCUAGUUCAGGACAUAUCUCAGCUGCACUGAAAUCCAAAUCUCUUGUUCUUUCCAAUACGAGAUUACAACAUCUCCCGACAAUAGCAAGAGGGGUUUCUGUUCGUAUGGAAACCAGUUCUGUUGACUCAUAUGAAACUAAAAGUAUGUUUUCCGAUCAAGUUAGCAAGAGAAGUAGCCCUGAAACAUCGCGUACCGUUACUUGGAAUCCUCCUCGAAGUUAUAUGUCAAGCAACGAAAAUGUUAAUCAAGGUGAUGAUUAUUUCACAGAUAACCAGGACACACUCCACGAAAUUAGAAAGUUGAAAGAUGAACUUAGACAGGCUCAAGAAAUGUAUGCAAUGGCUCAAGUAGAAACCUUGGAUGCUUCUCUCAAGCUGAAUGAGCUUGAAUUUGAAGAGCUAAAGCUUAAGGAGAACGGAACAAAGGGGUUAGAAGAAAAGGAAACACAGAAGUUUGAGCAGAUGAGAAGGGAAACGAGAGAGGUCGUACAGAAAAGAGAAGCCAGAGAGAAGGAGGAUAAGCUUAAAGAAAGGUCCCUUGUGGCUCCCAAGCUGCAAUACCAAGAGUUCACUUGGGAAGAAAUCAAAACCGCAACUUCAUCAUUCUCUGAAGAUCUAAAAAUUGGAAAUGGAGCUUAUGGGGCUGUUUACAAAUGCAAACUCCGUCAUACAUUUGCCGCGGUCAAAGUUUUGCAUUCCGCUGAAAGUAAUCUUUCCAAGCAAUUCGAUCAAGAGAUUGAAAUAUUGAGCAAGAUCAGGGAUCCACACUUGGUUCUCCUUCUAGGCGCUUGUCCAGAGCACGGAGCCCUAGUCUAUGAAUACAUGGAAAAUGGUAGCUUGGAAGAUAGACUGUAUCAAGUCAACAAAAGUCAACCAAUCCCGUGGUUCGUCCGGUUCAGGAUAGCUUGGGAAGUCGCAUCAGCACUCAUCUUCCUCCACAAAUCGAAACCGACACCAAUCAUCCACCGUGAUCUUAAACCAGCCAACAUCUUGCUUGAUCAAAACUUUGUCAGCAAAGUAGGAGACGUGGGAAUCUCCACAAUGCUCCAAGUCGACCCUUUAUUAACACAAUUCACAAUGUACAAACAGACAAGUCCCGUGGGAACACUAUGCUAUAUCGAUCCUGAAUAUCAACGAAGCGGGAUGUUAUCUUUCAAAUCAGACGUCUAUGCGUUUGGAAUGAUCAUUCUCCAGCUUCUUACCGCUCUUCCGGCCAUAGCACUAACGUAUAAAGUAGAAACAGCAAUGGGGAAGAAUGACGAGUUUAUACAGAUUCUUGAUAAAAAGGCCGGUGACUGGCCGAUGGAAGAAACCCGUAAGUUAGCCGCUUUGGCCCUCUCCUGUACAGAGAUCCGUGCUAAAGACAGGCCUGAUCUUGAAACUCACAUUCUUCCAGCAUUAGAGAGCCUUAAGAAUGUAGCUGUAAAAUCAAGAAACUUGAUUUCCUCUGCGCCGAAUCAACCUCCAAGCCAUUUCCUCUGCCCAUUACUUAAGGAGGUGAUGAGUGAUCCAUGUGUUGCGGCUGAUGGCUAUACUUAUGACCGAAGAGCCAUAGAGGAAUGGAUGGAGGACCACUGUACCUCGCCGGUGACUAACUUGCCGUUACAAAACAUUAAUCUUUUGCCCAAUCACAGUGUUUGUGCAGCCAUUGGCGAAUGGAGACAUAAAAACCAGUAAGGCAAGCAAAAGGGUGCGCUCCAUUUUAGUGACUCCUCUUUCUCAAACUGUGUAGCCAAUAUCAACGGCCUGGUGUUAUCAUAGCAUUUUUCUUUCUUUUUAAUCUUUUUUUUUUUUGGUGCUGGUUUAUUUUGUGGGACCAUAAUCUCAAAUGCUAUUAUUCAGACAAUUUAAUCUCAUAUGUUAUUAACGAGUCUACAUAUUCUUAUGACUUAAUAAAAUAAUAUAAUUCUAAUUUUUUCUUUUUAUUUUAUCUUCCGAUAUAAAUUUUAAUUAUUAGAUCUCGAAUAUCAAGAUAUAACUAUCUAUAACUAAGGUUCUAGUUUUAUCAAGUUCUACACUGACAAUGGUACAUCUUGGUAUAAUUUGAACUAGACGAUAAUCUGCACGCAUUCGUGGAGUGAAUUUUUUAUAUUAAUGUUUGUUCAUUAAAUAGUUUUAACAAUUUGCAUCAUACAGUUUUUAUCGAUUGUAAAAUGACGAAUACAAAUGUUAACCACCUCUUAAAUGUAUAAUUAUUGUUGACGAGUUACAUAUUACAGUUCAUUUUAAUUACUUUUAAAACUUCAUAUGCACAAAAGGAAAUUAAGUUUUGCGUGUCAUACAAAUCACUUAAACCAAAUAGGCAACAUCAAUUGUAAAAUGACGAAAGAUGAUUAGGUUUUCUGCUCUUGAUUUGUUUAGUAUUGACUGUCUAUAAGUGAUUUCAUUGUGUUUUCGUUUUCGUUUAUGUUUCACUUAUAUGAGAUUUGUUUCCUUUUUCUUAACUUAUUAUGUAAAUUCAGUGAAUUACAUAAGUCUCAAUUUAAAAAGAUAGACAUCUGUAAAAAUUAGUUCCACUCUAGAUACAUAUCUAAGAAAAAAAUGUUUGAAAGAAAUCACCGGCAAACUCUAUUCACAUGCUAGUGUUCAAAUCUAAUAUAUCAAGCUAUUAUAUAAUAUAAGUGCAUACUCUAAAUAUAAAUGUUUGUCUAGUAUAUAUUCAUCAGUUCGGUUUACAACUCAUCUAAUUAUAGAACAACAAAUCAAAUUACUUAUUUUAUUAACCUACGCUUUUGAGGUUUAGUUACUUAAGAGUAUACCGAUUAAAAUAUAUAUAUAUAUAUAUAUAUAUAUAUAUAUAUAUAUAUAUAUAUAAAUGUUUAAUACAGAGUUUUUAAGAGAUGAUUUUUACUCUAAAAAUAAUAGUCAAAAAAGGCUUUGGUUCUUCAAGAACUUUUUAAAAGAAAGAAAUAACAUUCAGAAUGAAUUUUAUGAUUAUCUUCAAACACAUAAGGUACAAAUUUUAUUUUUUAAUUGGUUUGAAGAUUAUGCUUCUAAGAACAAUAUAAAUUUUCCUUUUUCUAAAACAGUGAAUCCAAUUACCAAUCGCAAUAAAACUCCUGAAUGGGAAACACUUGCCAAUGGUAAAAUUAUUCGCUCAAAUCAUCCUCCUCCCCAAGGGAUAAAGCUAGAUUGGUUAGGAACCCCAAUUGAAGCAAUUCCUUUGAAACGACCCCAAGAAGAUGAUAAAGCUAAUAUAAAAAAUAUCAUUGUUCAAAACAAUUUUUCAAACACUAAUCUUGGUACAAUAAGCAAACAACUUGAUAGGAUUGAAAAAUCAAUCCAAAAUCAAAACCCCAUUCCAAUGGAGUCUCCUUCUGAAAAGAAAAACAAAAGUCCCAUGUUUAAACCUUUCCAAAUUUCCAAUUCAAGUGUCAAAACUUACCAAGACACAAACCUUGAAUUCAUUCGUGCCCUCCAAAGUCAAUUAAGUAAAGCUGAAAUAGGAGAUAGUAGCAUGCCACAUAUUUCUGAUAUCCCUGAUACUCCUACAUC